UUAUUGUUCUUUUUACAGCAGACGGUCAAACGUAAAACCGAAUUAGAUGUCAGAAAAUCGAAAACUGCCCAAGCUACAAGCUUGUUAACAUACAAUGGCGAUGUCAAAUCGAAACAUUUCCAAGAAAUUUAAAUGGUCCAUUGAUCUAUCAAAUCGUAAUAAAUCCACAUGUGAUCUCGCAUCCCCUCCUGGAUAUCUACCUUCAAUAGCAACCACGGUGGCUGAGUCGGCGAAGGAAAACGAUUCCAGCCUACUUAUAAAAAGAUCUUGGGAUGUUGCUUUGCAACCCCUUAAACAGGUACCAAUGAAUCUUUUUAUGAUGUAUAUGGUGGGAAGCUCCAUUUCAAUAUUUCCCAUUAUGAUGGUUGGUAUGAUGUUUGUGCGUCCCAUACGAGCAUUAUUCAGCAUGAACCAAACUUUCAAGAUGCUUGAGGGUACCCAAGCAAUUGGCCAAAUCUUAGUCUACAUCUUAGGGCAGUUGGUUGCAUUAGGCCUUGCUCUUUACAAAUGCCAAUCUAUGGGUCUCCUUCCCACCCAUUCAUCUGAUUGGUUGGCUUUUAUUGAUCCUCAACAAAGAAUUGAAUAUUCAGGUGGUGGACAGACUCUUCUCUAAGAGCAAUAAUCUUAUUCAUUAAAAUAUUCAUAUUUGUAAGUUGAGUGGAAAAUACAGUACAUCAAAUCAUCUUAAAAA